CCAUUUAAUUUAACCCCGUUCACUUCCCAUUUUGUUUUCUGUUUUUUGUUGUGUCAAUGAAAAUCUGGAAUCAAAUUGUAAAAAAAUGUGUUCACUUAGUAAUUUCGUUUUCGUUGGAAGAAUCAUUUUACACAAAUGAGCUAGAUGGGAGAAAACGAUAAUUUCCCGUUUCCUGAAUUAUGUGGGACGGGUUUGUGCCCGUUUCCUAGCGGAAAAACGACACUGUGCUUAAAUGAGCACCCACGUUCGAAUCCCACCAGCCGCAAUUUUUUUUUCUUUUGUUCCACACUUCCGCUAGCGGAAUCCGACGUCGUUUCGCCUUCUCACCUCCCUCCACUUACCUCUCCCUUCAAUCUUUUUCCGUGCAAAGCUCCAGCCGGCGACCAAGCUUUCAUCCGGCGCUGAGCCUCUUCCCUCCUCCUGCCGACGCCAAGCUUCUUCCCUCUUCUUGGAAACUCGAACGGCGUCGAUUUUCAUCCCUUAUGUGCGUAGUUUCAUGAGGCGAAGAGACGAUCGAGACCACCACCCCUGCCGCGCCGCCGUCAUCUGCCCAGACCACCACCCCUCAUCUUCCUCUCAUUCCCGCGACGCCAUCAUCUUUCUUCCUCGCCAGCCCCCGCGCUGCCAUCAACGACCAACCAACUCCGGCCCCAUCAUCGAGAGAGGGCCACUUUACCUUCUUGUUUACCUGGAACCAAAAGCCAAAAGGUCAAGGCUUUUUUAAUUGUUUGUUUGGCUAAAUUAUGGAUUAAUGAUGUCUGUGGAACUCAACAAUGGUGACAGGUAUGGAUUGUGGUGAUAUAGGGGGAUGAACAUGGACGGAUUGAAGCACAAGCAAUUGCGAAUUGUUGUGAUGCUUUGUAUUUUGUUUAUUUGUAGUUUAAAAACUAUAUAAUUCGAAUUAAAAAUGAUGAUAAUAAUUAGGGUUGUAUGAUACUCAAUGAAUAAAAUUAUGAUAAUCAAUUAUCAGAAAACAGUAAUGAAAUAACUAAACAGGUUUUCGUUUUUAAGAUUCAGUUUCUGAACUUAUAAAAAGUCUCAGCUAAACAAGGUUUUUUCAGGUUUUGUUUUUCAGAAAACGACAACUUCGUUUUCAUUUUAGUUUUGUUUUCUGUUGUGACAGCUAACAGAAAUGGAAUGGCAAGUAAACGGCCCAUUAACUUGCCAAAUCAAAAACCGGUUUGACUUGUUGUAUAUGAGUAUAUGACAUGGGAGUUGAUAAAGGUCGUCCUAACAAUUACUAAUGAUCGUCCUAAAAAACAACAAAGUUACACUUUUAACCUUUUGACAUCUUUACCUUUCCUUUAGCAAACAAACACCACAUUCACUUAGAAAACAAAAAACACUCAUUCACUUAGCAAACAAACACCACAUUCACAAUAUUUUUUUCAUAAUUGAAUUCAUAAAAAUAUUCGAAUUUAAUUUUUAUAAUAAAUUAUAAACCGUACAACUUAUUUAUAAUUAACUACAAUUAUUUCUAAUUAUUACAUAAUUCACAAUAUUUAAUAACAAUUUUUAUUAAUUAAUUGAAUUAAAAUUAUUUAAAAAUCAACCAAACCGAAGUCAACAUUCGGUUGCAGGCGAUGCGGAACGCGGAGCUUUACCUUCUUCUCCGGCGAGCACGGACGGCAGGCGAGAGGAGGGCUGACGACGACGGCUGGGCGACCACGCGACAGCUGGCGCUGGGGGCGAAGACGGCGACUGCUGGCGACGACGCUGCGCGACUCCGACUCCAGCGGCGUGGGUUGCGGCGGCGGACGACGCUGCGGACUGACGCGACGCCGACUCCGGCGGCGUGGGUUGCGGCGGCGGACGACUCCGGCGGCGUGGGCUGCGGCGGCGGACGACUCCGGCGAGGGUGGGUUGCGCUGCUUGUUGUCGGGGGGGGGGGGGGGGGGAGUUGUCUGUGUCGGGGGAGAGGAAGGGGGUAAGGGGUUGUUUGCUUAGGGUUUAUUUUUGAAUUUUAGAAAGGGUAAUUCAGUAAUUUACGUAUUAAGUUAGUACGAUAGUUAGUAAUUUUUAGGACGACCUUUAACCCUUCAGUAUGACAUUAUUGACGACAUCCGCUAGACCGCUGGGCAGCCCGAGGCAUCCGAGCCAACCAGAAAAGCCAGCCGUAUUUCCGCCUCCAAUUCAAUUCUCUCUCUCUCUCUUUCAUUUUCUUUCCUUCUUUCCAUCUGACCAUCUGAGUUUUACUUUCUCUCCCGGUGAAUUUCCUCCGUCGGCGGCGCGCCGUUGUUCUUCCCGCCGGAGAGCGACACACAAUUUGAAAGAAAGGAGAGCGGACGAAUUUCGUAGCCCUCCGCGGGAAUCUCGGUCUUCCUUCCCAGCGGUGCUCCCCACCUUCGCUCCGUUCCCCUGGGGAAAAAACCCUAGCGAUUCUUCGAUGUGUACGCGUUUGCGGAUCCGCUGAAGAGGAAGGAAAAAGUGGGGAGGAAAGGAAGGAAGGCCCUAGUCACGAGAAAGAGGCGGGAAGCGAAGCGGUUAUGGCGGAGUUAGGGCAACAAACGGUGGACUUCUCCACUCUCGUGAGUAGGGCUGCAGAGGACUCCUUUGUUUCGUUCAAAGAAUUGAUGGAGAAGUCCAGGUCGAGUGAGCUGUCUGACUCCGAGAGGAAGAUUGGGCUGCUUAAGUAUUUGGUUAAAACCAGGCAGCGUAUGCUCAGGCUUAAUGUCUUGGCCAAGUGGUGCCAACAGGUUAGUUUUUAUUGUGCCGUCGUUUGAAUUGGUUGCUCCAAUUUGGUUCUUGAUCGCAUUAAUGAACUCUUCUGUCGAGAAUUGGAAGCUUGAAGGGCUGGAAAUUUUUGAACUUUUCUCGUUCUGAGUUGGCUAGACUAGGGACCUAUUGGUUUUAUGGCUGAUUGUGUGUUGAAAAGGAUAUUACUAGGAAUCUGGCUUGCGAAAUUAUAAUGGAAAUGGUGUUUCACUUGUUAUGGCCGGUCCAGCUUCUCUGCUGUGGGGGAGUGGAACCCUGAGAAGGGUGUUGCAGAACAUGGGGCAGACCAGUUUGUUCAAAUAAUUGUAGCUGACUGGAUUCAUGCCUCAACAUUCACUAUCAGUUACAAUUUGGUUGAAUGGAUCAUUCUUCUAGUGUAACCUCUGUAACAGUGGAGCUCAGUGGGUGGCCGAGUUAGUGGUUCGCUAGGCCGAAAAAGAUAUACAAAUUGGCUUCUCUUCAUAAACCAUUUUGAUUUGCACAAGAGAAGUUUAGGUAUGCCCUUGCUAAUAUGAUUGGUGAAGAAUGAUUAAGAAAUCAUUUAGAGCUUCAUGAUGACUCAUUGAAUUACGGCUCAUAGGAGUAUGAUUGAAUUUGUGUUCGUGCUUGAAAAUUUUGGUAUGGGGCAUCAAAACUUCAGGACAGGAACUGUGAAUUAUUUUGCAUAAAUAUAUUUUCAGAAAACAU